AUGGAAUCUCUUGUCGCCGGCGCGGCUGCAGGCCUUGUGGUGGACCUCACGCUUUACCCUAUCGACACCAUCAAGACACGACUGCAGUCGAGGGACGGCUUGUACCGUGCUGGUGGAUUUCGCGGCGUGUACCGUGGACUCAGCGCUGUCGCAGUUGGGUCGGUGCCAGGUGGCGCAGCGUUUUUCGUUGGCUAUGACUUUACAAAGAUGGCAAUAUUAGGCGACAACGGAUCAGGUCAUUCCACUGGUGGUGGUGGUGGUAGUGGCAGUAGCAGCACUGAUGGAAACACAACCAGCGCAUUGAAGCGAAACAUCGCCCAGGCUGCCGCCGCGAUGGCUGGUGAGACAUCUGCAUGUCUCAUUCGCGUACCCACGGAGAUGGUGAAGCAACAGCUUCAGGUGGGUCACCAUCACAGCGUGCAUCGUGCCCUCGUGCAUAUUACGCAAAAUAUUCCAGCAGAUGCUGCAGCUGACGUGACAUCAAAGCAUAUCCACUGGCGUGGUUUUCGUUAUCUUUUCAUGGGCAUGCCUAUUAUGUUGCUGCGCGAGUUGCCCUUUGCUGUGAUACAGAUGACGUGCUAUGAGGCCCUAAAGGUGUCUUUGCAUACAGACGAAAGUCCAAAGUAUCUGCCGCUAUGCGGAGCGUUGAGUGGUGGCACAGCGGCGUUUUUCACCACGCCGCUGGACGUCUUAAAGACGCGCAUCAUGCUUGGGCAAGUAGGCACGGCGACCGCCGCGCCACUCCGUGGGGCUGAGGCUGUUCGUGCGGCUCUUAAUGAUUUGCUCCGCGAGGCCCCGCGGGCGACAGACAGGUGGGGACCAGCGCAGCGCUUCUUUCGCGGUGUUGUACCACGCGUCAUGUGGAUCUCACUCGGCGGCAGCGUAUUCUUCACAACGUAUGAAACUGUGCGACGUGGAUACCGCUGGGCCACUGUGUCGUAG